AGGAGACGCUCUAGGUAGUAGGUAUCUACCCAGUCGGUCCGUUGCGACCUGCACUCUGUGCUCUGCCUGUGUUCUGCUUACCUUUGCACCCCCUCCCUCCCCUCCUUCCCUUCCCUACCCUCCCCUCGUAGACGGGGAUCUUCCCUGCACCGCGUCGACUCUAGGGAGACGACCGAGGAGCGACGGACGAGCGAGCGAGCAGAGCCGUCACUGUCACCACCGCCGUCACCGUCACCGUCACCGUCAUGGCUGAGGCUGCUAUGUAUGCUGCCAUGCCAUGCCGUGCGCGAGUAUAUGUAGAGAUCCGAUGCACCUCAGUACCCGUCCGGCCGUUCCAUACUCGCCCGUCCUACAAAAACUCAAGUCAGCCCAGAAAGUCGGAAAGUCCGUGCACGCACAGAACAAAAAAACAACCGACAAAGCGAUUCCCGUCACUCCGAGGAUCCACCACACGCAACACACGCAACACACGCUCCACUCACUCACUAGUCGGUCGGUCAAUCACUCAAUCACUCAAUCACUCAAUCAGUCGGUCGGUCGGUCAGUCGGUCGGUCAGUCAGACAAACAGUCAGCCCAAGUCUCGGAUUCCCGUCCUCCUACGCUGCAGUGAUCCCGAUAUACACCCAUCACCACCGUCCCACGCCUUACGUGCGAAUCUCCAGCUUCACACGCGCCUCGCCUCCUCCUCCCCCCCGCUCCCCCGCUCCCCCCCGACCGAAAGUUAUACACAACGCACGCCACCUACAAGACGACCCUAAGUGUCGGUUAGUGGCACGCCAGGCCAGAGACCAAUCCGAACGGGAACGCCGUCUCCACUCGUGCUCGCCCCCGGCUGCUAUAUCUCCAUACAGGCAACCACUCGGCCUAACGCAAAAGAGGCGUAAAGCAUAAACCCAUAGCGAAAGCAAACGAAACCGCUUUUGGGCGCUGUCCGUCAUCAGUGCCAGAAGAAGGAGGGGUGCCACAUCCUUAAUAGCUAGGGUUUUUUUUUUCUUUCUUUCUGGAAGGAAGCUGUCACAACCCAACCACGCAUCAUCAUCGUCCUUAGCGUCCGUCCGUCACCGUUCGUUCGUUCGUCGCGUAAAAGAGAAAAGCGAAAGAAGAAGAAAAAAAAAGAAGGGAAAGAGAAGAAGAAAAAAAGUUGCACCUUCCCGAGUGGCAAAUUUCCUGGUCUUCCUCCUCGGUUUCACUUCUCCUCAUUCUCGAG